AUGUUUGAUUCAUACAGAGACAACGUUGCUGGCAGAUCAUUUCAGAAUCGGCUUUGUUUGCCCAUGCCAAUUGAUGUGGUAUACACCUGGGUGAAUGGCACAGAUGUUGAACUGAUCAAAGAAUUGCAACAGGUCAGAGAACAGAUGGAGGAAGAGCAGAGAAUAAUGAGGGAAAUCCUUGGAAAGAAUGCAACAGAACCAACAAAGAAGAGUGAGAAGCAACUGGAGUGUUUGCUGACACACUGCAUCAAAGUGCCAAUGCUUGUUUUGGAUCCCGCGCUGCCUACCAAUGUCACACUGAAAGAUCUGCUGUCUAUUCAUCCUACUUUACAAGCUGCUAGUAAUAUGUUCUUCGUAGCAAAACCAAAAAAUCCUUCUACCAACGUGACAGUAAUUGUUUUUGAUAACCCUAAGGAUGUUGAAGCUGCUCAUUCUGGAAUGUUAAAAGACAACAGCAAACACAUAGUAUGGAGGGGUUACCUGACUACAGACAAAGAAGUUCCAGGUCUAGUUUUAAUGCAAGACUUGGCCUUCCUUAGUGGAUUUCCAGCUACAUUCAAAGAAACUAAUCAGCUACGAUCUAAACUACCAGAGAGCCUGGCCUCUAAAGUAAAACUGUUGCAGCUCUACUCAGAAGCCAGCGUGGCUCUCUUGCAACUGAAUAACCGUAAGGGUUUCCAAGAACUGAGCAAGCAAGCAAAGAAGAACAUGACUAUAGAUGGAAAAGAACUAAUGCUUAGUCCUGCUUAUUUACUAUGGGACCUCAGCUCUGUCAGCCAGUCUAAGCAGGAUGAAGAUAUUUCUGCCAGCCGUUUUGAAGAUAAUGAAGAACUGAGAUACUCCUUACGAUCAAUAGAGAGGCAUGCCCCUUGGGUGAGACGUAUUUUCAUCGUCACUAAUGGGCAGAUUCCUUCCUGGCUUAACCUGGAUAAUCCACGAAUAACCAUAGUGACACAUCAGGAAAUAUUUCAGAAUGUGAGUCACUUGCCUACCUUCAGUUCACCAGCUAUUGAAAGUCACAUUCAUCGUAUCAGUGGCCUCUCUCAAAAGUUUAUUUAUCUCAAUGAUGAUGUUAUGUUUGGGAAAGAUGUUUGGCCUGAUGAUUUUUACAGUCACUCUAAAGGUCAGAAGGUUUACUUGACUUGGCCUGUGCCAAACUGUGCUGAGGGAUGUCCUGGCUCGUGGAUUAAAGAUGGUUACUGUGAUAAAGCCUGUAAUAACUCAGCAUGUGAUUGGGAUGGAGGUGAUUGCAUUGGUAACAGUGGGGGUAGUCGCUAUGUAGCUGGUGCAGGUGCAGUUGGAGGUAUUGGGAAUGGACCACCAUGGCAGUUUGGUGCAGGAAUAAGUGGCGUUUCAUACUGUAACCAAGGCUGUGCUAAUUCCUGGCUAGCAGACAAGUUCUGUGAUCAGGCCUGCAAUGUCCUCUCCUGUGGAUUUGAUGCUGGUGACUGCGGCCAGGAUCACUUUGAAGAGAUGUACAAGGUGACACUUCAGCUUAAUCAGACCUACUAUGUUAUUCCCAAAGGUGAAUGUCUGCCCUACUUCAGCUUCAGUGAAAUAGCCAAGAGAGGAAUUGAGGGUUCGUAUAGUGAUAAUCCAAUUAUCCGACAUGCUUCAGUUGCUAACAAAUGGAAGACUAUCCACCUCAUAAUGCAUAGUGGUAUGAAUACAACCGUGGUCUAUUUUAACCUUACAUUUCUAAAUAAAAACGAUGAAGAAUUUAAAAUGCAGGUAGCUGUUGAAGCUGAUACUAGAGAGGAACCAAAACCAAACACAACUUCCACGCAAAAAUUGAACUCUGAUUUUAAAACUGUAACUUCAAUACCAGAAGCCGAAAUGAUAUUUGAAGAUAUUCCUGAAGAAAAACGCUUUCCAAGAGUCAGGAGACGUCGAAAUGGCACAAAAGAGAGUCUACAUGAAGAGGUGAUAAUACCAUCAGUAAACAUGUCUCUCCUUCCUGAAGAUGUUCUACUAGCACUGCAGAAGCUGGAUGCAAAACUAUUAAAUGGUGAUAUCACUCAGAAAGGAUUUAACCUAUCCAAGGCUGCUCUCCUGAGACCUUUCCAGUUCUUAACUACAUUAAAGAGUAUCAUAGACCUGGAAAAGAAGGUAGUGCAUAACGGUUCAGAAGACCAGAAGAACCAUACCAGAUCGCAGAAGCCUUAUAAAGAUGUAAACAAUGGUAAAAUAAAAACAAUAAAAGCAAAUGAAGAAGUUCCUUCAAGGCUUGCAGGAACAAAAGGAACUGUUAUAACAGUGAACACAAACCAACCUAUAUAUAAAGUAAAGCCUAAAUCCGCACUUCUCUCCCAGGCUGUGGGAAAUAAAAGUGAAACCCGAGAAAAAGUAUUGAAUGCACUCAUAUUAAGGGAAACCCAGAAAUCAAAGCAUACUGUGAAUUUAGAUACUAGAGAAGAUGCACAAGGAAUGGAAGGAGGAAAAGGGCAUGUGCAGGUAGAUACAGGUGUAAAAGAGGGACCAGUGGGAAGAAAAUUACAGUCUUAUGCUGGAAGUUACCAAGGCUUUUUGCCAUGGGAGAAAAAGAAGUAUUUCCAGGACCUUCUAGAUGAAGAAGAGUCAUUACUCAAGCAAAUGUCAUACUUUACUGAUGGUAAAUAUUUUGGAAGGCAGUUGAAAGAUACAUUUGCUGAUUCGCUUCGAUAUGUAAAUAAGCUUUUAAACAGCAAAUUUGGAUUUACAUCUCGAAAAGUCCCUGCUCACAUGCCUCACAUGAUUGACCGGACUGUUAUGCAAGAGCUACAGGAUAUGUUUCCUGAGGAGUUUGACAAGACAUCGUUUCACAAAGUGCGGCACUCAGAAGAUAUGCAGUUUGCUUUUUCAUAUUUCUACUAUCUUAUGAGUGCAGUCCAGCCACUGAACGUUUCUCAGAUCUUUGAUGAGGUUGAUACAGACCAGUCGGGCAUUUUGUCUGACCGAGAGAUUCGCACGUUGGCCACUAGAAUCCAUGAAUUACCAUUGAGUUUGCAGGAUUUGACUGGUCUAGAACAAAUGCUAAUAAAUUGUUCUAAAGCUCUGCCUGCCAACAUCACUCAGAUACAUGUUAUUCCACCAACUCAGGAAGCAUAUUAUGAUCCCAAUCUGCCUCCAGUAACAAAAAACCUAGUGACCAAUUGCAAACCUGUGACUGACAGGAUUCGUAAGGCAUACAAGGACAAAAACAAAUACAGGUUUGAAAUCAUGGGAGAAGAGGAAAUUGCCUUCAAAAUGAUUCGCACAAAUGUGUCUCAUGUAGUUGGCCAGCUGGAUGACAUACGAAAAAAUCCCAGAAAAUUUGUUUGCCUAAAUGACAACAUUGAUCACAAUCAUAAGGAUGCUCAAACAGUGAAAGCGGUGCUUAGGGAUUUUUAUGAAUCAAUGUUUCCCAUACCUUCCCAAUUUGAAUUGCCAAGAGAAUAUCGGAAUCGUUUCCUUCACAUGCAUGAACUCCAAGAAUGGAGGGCAUAUAGAGACAAGCUCAAAUUCUGGACACAUUGUGUUCUAGUAACACUUAUUGUGUUUACAAUCAUCUCGUUUUUUGCUGAACAGGUUGGGGCCUUAAGUAACACUUUCCGUGGUCUGAUGAAGAGGGUGUAA